AUGAGAGAGAAUCAGAGCGAAAAAGAGUAAGUGAGUGCUCGCGAAGGAGUCUGGCCUUUCUUGAGUAUGUGUUAAACGGUGCACGUUUUAGGGUUUUAUUGAGUCACUUGGAUGUCGGGAGAUAGAGGAGGAGAGAGAGAGAGAGAGAGAAUUCUCUGAUCGACCUAAAGCCACGGCCCGGCUGAAGUAUCAGACUGUAUAAACUAUACACUUUUUUGCUUUUUCUUCACACUUUGGGUGGGUUAAUUAUAGAGAGAUACAUAGAUGAAGACAUACAGACAUUGGUACAGAGAGAGAGGGGGAGAAAGAGGUAGAGAGAGGGAGAGAGAGAGAGAGCGCGCGAGAGGGGAGGAGAGAGACGGGAGUCGUCGGUUGGUCGUCAGUAAAAAAAAAACGGCGAGUCAACGAACAGAACCUCGCUAAUCCAAAACUGUUCAAGCGGGACAGUUGAAAUAUUCCGUUCUGCUAAAUUGCCCACAUGUCCCGAAAAUUUUCCUAAUGGGCGUAGGUGAGGAAGGGGGGUGGGGAGUCAACGUUGGCCUCUCGUUAAGAGAAAAGGUUCCACGGAUACAACUGAACGCCUGCCUACUGUAGACCAAUGCUGCGAGCGACGUGAAGCUGAGAACUUCACGUCUACCAGGACGCUUCAAAGUACGUGGGAUUUUCGAUCUCCAGAAGAUCGAAGGAUCGAAGAGUAGAGACGGAAAUUGAGGAAGAGGCGGCGAAGUGGCGAUGGCCUCCUCCGCGACGGUUCUGGCGUCCUUCCGUUCUCAUUCUCACCUCCGACGGGCAGAACAGGACCUGCGGAGGAUCUCCGCCAAUCCGGGGCUUCUGAUUCGCUUCUGCCGGGAGCGGAGGCUGCAUUCACCCGCAAGGUUCCGGAUCAAAGCCGCGGUGGUCGUUGCUGGGAAGGUAGGAGUCCUACCUAACUUCUGGAGACUGGUCUCGGAUUACUGUGAUUGUGGAGAACUAAGUGCGCCUGAUAGUUUUAGAUCUGGUCCGAUCGUUCCUUCGGAUCUGUCUUGACAGUUUUCUGUACAGUCGUGUGGUUUUGUUUCAAUGCCGAUGGAGAAAUAUUGAGGCGAGAAGCUUCAAUUAUGCAGGAGGAUGUUAGUCCAGAAGUCGACAUAUUUGCUUGCCCAAUUUGCUAUGAACCACUGAUAAGGAAGGGGCCUUCAGGCCAAAACCUGUGAGAACACCUCAUUUCUGAACCUCUCUGGCAUGCCUAUUAUAUUCGCUUGGAUAUCUGAGCGUUGGUGUGGUUCAUCAGGUCGCCAUCUACAGGUCUGGUUUCAAGUGUGAAAGGUGCAACAAGCCAUUCUCCAGCAGGAAUACGUAUCUGGAUCUCACCGUCACAUCUGGGAUUAGGGAGUAUAAUGAAUACAAGCCUUCAGGGACUGAGAUGUUCAGGUCCGUAACGUAGUACCUGUUUCUUCUUGUUUGAGUGACUCCAUUUACUUGUGUAAAAAGAACAAAGUUUCAUCGAAUGUUUUGGAGGCCCUUUGUGGCACUGGCACUUUGCCAUGAUUUCUCCAGGGGUUGCAAGGGAGCUAGACACCCAUCUGUAAAACAAGACUUCACCAGAUUAAAAGAAAGGCAAAAAUUAUUUGAAGUCCAUGAUCCUAAAAGACCCAUCCACAGGGUAAAAAAUCAUCUAAAUUUGGAAAACUAGCUGUAUGUGUCCUAUCUCAAGCUUCCUAAAAAUGAACUGGGGUAAUAAUAUUAAAUUCAAUUAGGAAAUACUCGCUUUAAAAAAAUAUAUAAAACUUAAUUUGGUAAUGCUUUUUCAAACUAUAAUUCUGGGGGAGACAAGGCUGAUUUCAUCAUACGACCAAUGGCCAUUUUCUUCGACAAUGCAAUAGUUAAAAAUUUACGUGAAUUGGCAAAUAUAAAUUUACAAAGAAAUACAGAUACAUGUUAACAGUUGCUCAACCAUGCAAUCAAAGAUUCCCAUUCAGUUCCUAUUCUGAUCGUUGCCCUUCAAUCCAUAACUUGAUUACAGCUGUAAAUCAGGGGCUUCAUAAUUAUACACUAAUAUUUCUUUGAUGAUUUCCCUCUUUAGGAGUUCACUUGUCUCUUUUUUUACAAGAGGGGAUGGUGACAAAGUUUUAGUAGAAAUGGAUUCCCAGGUCUUGAGGAGGAGGUACUCUGAAAAAAUCAAUAUUUAAUUCAUUAAAAUAGGCUGAUUUAUGUAGGCUCGUGUUCUAUAUUCAUUGACUAAAUUAUCAUGACGUCAUUGAUUACUAUUAUUAUAUUUCUUCAUCCUAUGUCGUAUUAUACUGAGAAUGUUUCACCCCUACAGUUCAAAAUGGCUCAAGAGUACUUCGAGCAUGUAGCAGGUGGCCUUCUUUUAGACAUAAGAAGUGGGAGUGGCUUGUUUUCUAGAAAAUUCGCCGCAAAGUCUAGGACUUUCUCCAAAGUCAUUGCACUAAACUUUUCUGAGAACAUGCUUCGCCAGUGCUAUGAGUUCAUUGUGAAAGAUCAUGCUCUCUUGAACACGUAAGUUAAUUUGGUAUUACACUAUUAGUCAAUGUUGUAGAUAAUUUGGCAUGCUUUAUGAAGUUCUUAUUAUUCCUUUAGUCUAUUUGGAGCUCCCCAUAAUCUCACGUUCAGUGAUUCUCCUAUUGGACUUGGGUUUUCCUCCUAAAUAAGUGUAUUGAGGGUUAUCAAGACUCUACCUCCCAUGAGUUUCACCAUGUCUUUAAGGUGGAAUUCUAAAAAUUGCUGCUGAUUUUUUUAUGUUUUCCCAUGAGGCUUCAUAGUCAAGAAGGUUUUUCUAUUUGACUAGUACUUUCACAUUAAAAGAUGAACUAUGAAAGGAAGGAUGUCUUGAGGAACAAUUACUCAUUUUAUAUCUUCUAUAAGCACUCUUAGAAUUUGUUGACUGCAAUCCAGAUUUUCCAGGGCUCUACAAAACUAUGAGACAUGAAACACUAGAUGAAGAGUUGUGUUAUUUGGUAGCUCUGAUUUAUAUGCCACUAGUCUAAUUCGCCCCUUGAUGGGAUAUCAACAAAAAAACUUAGGACCAAGCUUUUUGUUGAGCUUCUUUGCCAAUGUCCUCAUGUGAUAGGGUUUGAGUUCUAUAUAAAUGAAGUCUCUCUCUCACUUGUAAUUUUGUCACUUUUAUGUUUACUUGCUUGUUUUUUCAUCUUGGACUGUACAUGCAAUAAAUUUUCCUUCAAAAGUUGAAGUAUUUAAUCAUGUUCAAUUAAAUAUUUGCCUACUUCAUUGAUUGAUGAAAUAGGUAGCUCAUAUUGUGAAAAUGUGAGAGGAUCUCAAUAAUAAAUUACUUUGAAAGGCAUCAUCUAGAUAUUUGAGUGAUAAGAAGUUUUAUAGCUAAGUUUUGCUAGUGUAAUGACUCACUACACAAUUUAGGCUUAUCAUAGGCAACACAUUUGAGCUAGGUUUCUAGGCUUGGAUUUAUGACCUUUAUUUGAUCAUCUAUUUGUGGAUGAUGAUGAAAACUCGUUAUAAGUUUAAUGUCUUGUAUUUAUUUAGUAAUCUCUUAAAAGGGUUUGUGAAGACACUUCCUCUAUCAACUACAAUAGACUUAGGUAAGUCAUGUGACAUGACUUAGUCGUUGUAUAGUAAAUCACACAAAUUGAAAAUUUAUAAAAUUAGAAAAUAUUAAUUUUCAGAUAUUUAGAAAUAUUUCUGAACAAAUAUAUCAAUUAUAAUUCAAUAAAACUUCCAAAAAUAGUGAUAAUUUUUCAAAUUAAUCACAGGGAUAUAAUAUAAUAUCGGGCAUUUUUUUCAUAAUUUUUCUUAAAAAAUAUGAGUUUUUAUAAAUUUUAUACUAAGAAAUAAAAAUAAAAUAUAUUUAAAACUCAUAAAAAAGAGAAAUAACCGACAAACGUAAAUCAGACAGAAAUAGAGUUCUACUCGAUGAUUUUUAUGUAAGUGAUUAUAGAUGAUUUAAUUAAUCAAAUUAAAAUCUAUAAAAGUCAGAAGAAUCGUAAUUGAAUAAAGUAUAGUUUGGUAAAUUUAAAUCACACAAAUUAUCACUAAAUGAAGUGAAAAUUAAGUUGAAAGUAGGAAAAUAGAGUUCCGGCAUCACUACUAUGAUGCGUCGGUGAUGCACCAAAAUCUUGAGCAUUCGAGAGGAUCAUCGUACAUUAUCCACGGCCUCAAAGGCUCUCAUUGGAAAAGACGACAUGGGCAAUCUCUAGAUUUCCUUGCGAAGUCUAGAGAUUUAUGAAAUAGGUUAUUGAAUCAUCUCUAGUGACUAUUAUUUGGCAUAGCGGAAAAAUGAUGACUUUGCAGCUCUCUAGUAGCUGUCACUCGAUGGAGAGGAGUUAGAUGGAAGUGGGGUGCAUGUUAGGGAGCUUCAUCCUCAGGUCCGCGUAGUAAUAACAGGCUCUUCAGCGCAUCUGGUAUGCUCUCAAGAGGUGGUGACUCGUCUCCUAGUAGAUUGUCCUCUUCCUUACGAUAGCUUGUUCGUCGAUCAAUUAGAGAUGAUUUACUCGAUGAAUUUACAAUCCUUUUAUCAUGAAUCUUUCAGUAAUUUUAGUAACAAUGCUCUGCAAAUCGCGUUGACGAGGUUUUCGCCAAUGAUCUAACGAUUUUAGCGACUUAAUCUUUCACUAGUGAUCUACAAGAAAGUCAUGAUAGUCAGUUAAAAAUACGAGUUUUGGCUUUGGGAAGAUUUGAACUCAUGCUGGUUACCCGCUUACAUGAGAGAGAUUGAAACAAGUAAUCUAAUGCCCUUAUCAAGUGACGUUGAUAAGUCUUCAUUAUCAUGAGUUAAUAAUUAGUAAAUAAUAUAGUUUUAGCCUUAACUCAUGAUAAAUAGACUUAUAUUUGUGUUAAAGUGUGAAAAGUGGUUUUCAGUUGAUUAAUGUGAUUUUUUGGGUAAUUAUGUGAUUUUAUACGAAUUUAUAUGAUUUUUACAGUCUUACUUUUGAGAUAAAUGAAGAAAAAGAAAUAAAACUAAAAUAUUGCAAAAUGGGGGGGACCCGCCGGCCAGCCAGGCCCACAAGUGGGUCGGAAGCUCAGUCGGGGAGUAGCUGCGAGCAGGGGCUCGAGCGGCUUGGACCGAUAGAGGCACGUGUGCACCACUCCCCUUCCAUGUCACCGGUGGCCAGCCGGCUGUGGGGCAAGGAGUGGUCGUACACGCGAGAGAAGGGACUUUGCUUAGAAAGCUAACAUUACUAUAUAUUUGCCUGAAAAAUCGACACACAAUCGAUGUGGGACUAAACCUGCGUCACACCUUCCUCAGAAGGGGCGGACAACCGGCGCGGGUUCGAAUCCUCCCAGAGUCAAAAUUCAUAUAUUUGUAUCUAAUUAUUGCGACUUUCCUACAGAUCACCGGUAAAGGAUUAAGCAACGAGAAUCGCUGGAUCAUCGGCGAAAAUCUCAUCAACACGAUUCGCGGAGAAUUGCUACUAAAAUUACUGAACGAUUUGCGAUAAAAGGAUCGCGAAUCCAUCGAGUAAAUCAUCUCCAAUUGAUCGACGAACAAGCCGUCAUCGAGAAGAGGACGAUCUGCCGGGAGACGAGUCGCCACCUCUUGAGAGCAUACUAGAUGCGAUGAAGAGCCUCCUCUUGCUGCGCGGACCUGAGGAUGAAGCUCCCUAACACACGCCCCACCUCCAUCCAGCUUCUCUCCGUCGGGUGACAGCCACCGGAGAGCCGCAAAGUCGCCGUUUUUCUGCUCUGCCGGGUGACAGCCGCCAAAGACGACUCGACGACCCAUUCCAUUGAUCUCUAAACUUCGAAAGGAGAUCUAGAGAUUGCCCACGUCGUCUUUGUCCAAGGAGAGCCUUCGAGGCCGUGGACACUACACGACGAUCCUCCCAAACGCUCAGGAUUCCGGUGCAUCGCCAACGCAUCGUCGUCGCGAUGCCGGAACUCUGUUUUCCUGCUUUCAACUUACUUUAUACUUCAUUUAGUGAUAUUUUUUGUGAUUUUAAUUUACCAAAAUAUACUUUGUUCUAUUAUGAUUCUUCCGGCUUUUACAGAUCUUAAUUUGAUUAAUUAAAUCGUCUGUAAUCACUCACGUAAGAAUCGCCAGGUGGAACUCUGUUUCCGCUCGAUUCGCAUUCGCCGGGCGCUGACGUCAUCCUGACGUCCGCACCCUUAUUUCCCUUUUUUCGUAAAUUUUAAAUAUAUUUCCUUUUUAUUUCCUAGUGUAAAAUUCAUAGAAAAUCGUAUUCACUGAGGAAAAUUCUGAAUAAUUACCAUAUAUUAAAUUACAUCCCUAUAAUCAACCUGGAAAAUUACCGCUAUUUUUGGAAGUUUUAUUGAAUUAUAAUUGAUAUAUUUGUUCAGAAAUACUUCUAAAUAUCUGAAAAUUUGUAUUUUCUAGUUUUAUAAAUUUUAGAUUUGCGUGAUUUAAUAUACAACAGCUGAGUCACGUCAGUUAGACACUGACAUUAUCCUGACAUCUACACCUUUAUUUCCUUCUUUUGUGAAUUUUAAAUACAUUUUACUUUUAUUUCUUAGUAUAUAAUUUAUAAAAAAAUAUAUUCUUUGAAAAAAAUUCUGAAAAAUUACCCGAUAUUAUAUUACAUCCCUAUGAUCAACUGAAAAUUUACUACUAUUUUUGAAAGUUUUAUUGAACUAUAAUUGAUAUAUUUGCUCAAAAAUACUUCUAAAUAUCUAAAAAUUAGUAUUUUCUAGUUUUAUAAAUUUUAAAUUUAUGUGAUUUACUAUACAAUGAUUAAGUCACAUCAAAUUUUGAUGCCUUCGGGGAUGUAUUACAUAAUAUUUAGUAUUUUUCUAUUUUUCUCUUAGAGUACACAAAAAAAUUAACUCUUGUUUUAUUUUCUUCUUGCUGAAUUUUUUUAAAAAAAGAAGGAAAUGAAGAGAAGCAAGGCAAGGACUAGAGCAUACUAAAUGAGGGUAGCAAUUAUUAAACUUUUUCCUCAAAUUUAUUGAUUUUUAUGCAUGGUAGAAAAUCUUUGCAUCCAAGGCUAGAAAAUUCUUUCAUUAUUUCAUUCAAAACUAAAAAUCUAAAAGAAAAAUUAAUUUUGAUAGAUCUUGAAGGAAGUACAAGUCAAAUUGAGAAUAAUCCUACGGCCAUGAAAAAUCAUUAUAUCCCUGAUUCAUUUCAAAGAGCAUCCAAUAUUAGAGUCCCAUUAACACCCACUGUUAAAUUCAAAAUAAAUCUAGGAAUUUUUCAAAUGCUUCCUAAUUUUCAUAGAUUGCUUUUAGAGAAAUCUUAUCAGCAUUUAAAAAAAUUUAUAUGGUCUGUGAUUUAGUUAAUCUCCCUCAAGUUACAUUGAAAAUUAUUAAGAUAAAAUUAUUUUCUCAUACACUUGGGGACAAAUCUAGUCAUCGAUUAUCCACAUUAGAUAGAGAAAUUAACUAACUGAAAAGAUAUAGAAUAGGCCUUUCUUCAAAAAAUUUAUCUCUUAGGAAAAACUCAAAAUAUGAGAAAAUAUAUAUAGAGUUUUUCUCAAAGAUUAGGAGAAACUUUGCAUGAGAUAUAGGAAAAAUUAAUAGUUUUACUUAGAAAGUGUCCUCAUCAUGCUAUACCCAAGUGACAACUCACUAAAAUUUUUUAUGAUGGAUUAUUAGAACAACAUAGAAAUAUGGUUGAUUCGAUAUAUGGAAGAACUUUUAUGGAGAAAACCCUUGUUGAGAUUUACAGCCUUUAUGAGAAUGUAAGUGAAAAUUCUAGAGAUCAAGCCUCUUUUGAAUUAUAUGACAAGGAUAAGAAGAGAAGAAUUUAUAAAUUAUAUAAUCAAAAUGAUUCUAAUUUACUAAAUGAGGUUAAUUAGAUUAAUAAAAUAUUAGGAAAACUUGAUUUACUUAUUGACAAUAUUAGAAAGUCUCUUAACCCUCAAUUCAAUUCAAAUAGUACAUGUCCUAUGUAUGGUCAAAAUGAUUAUUCUGAAUUUCAAUACUAUAAUUUAGAUCAAUCAUUUUACCCUAUGCAAGAACAAGUGUAAGUAGCUCAUGAUUUUAAUAAAAAUAGGAAGCCUUUUUCUAAUUCUUAUAAUCCUAACGAAGAAAUAAUUUUUCGUGGAAAGACCCAAAUAAUAUUCAAAAUCUAGAAGCACUUAGAUCCAAUUCAAACUCUGAAUUUCAUCCAAAAUGGGAAAACAGAUUUCAAAAAAAUCAGUCCUCUCAAACCUAACCUGAUGCUAUGGAAAUGAUGUAGUAAAUGAGUCAAAUGAUACAACAAAUUAUGAAUCAAAUGAUGUUGCAGCAGAAACAAAUUAUAGAGGCUCUUGGGAUUAAGAGAAAAGAGGGACAACUACCUAGUCAACCCAUAGAAAAUCUAAAGAAUCACCUAACAAUAAGAUUUCAGUAAGGGGAGUCUAGUAGCAUGAAUUUAGGAAAAAACCCACGAAAUGAAAAUAUUAAGACAGUAAAUGCAUUGAGUGAGAAGAUUUUACUUGAUCCUUAUCUCCAAACAUUAGAAGAAAAGGAAAACGUGGACAGCCCAAAAUAAAAUCAAAUAGGAGUAGAAGAGGAUUUUAUAGAUUCUACUAAGAAAACUCCGAAAGAGAGGACAACCAUUUCAUUUCCUAAAGCUCUAGAGCCUAGACAAAGAAAAGAAAAAGAACAUAAUGAAAUAAUUUUUUUUUUAUAAGAUGUGCAAAUUAGUCUUCCUUUACUCACUGCCAUUGAAUAUAUUCCUGAAUAUGCUAGAGUUUUGAAAGAAAUGUAUACAUUAAAAAGGACACCUAGAGUAAAAAAAUUAUCUAUGCAUGCUAGUGCUUUAUUAUUAAAUUAAUUACCAUAUAAAUUGAGAGAUACUAGUGCCUCUUUAAUUUCGUGUGAUAUUGGUGGAUCCAUUUUUUAGAAUACAUUACUUGAUACAAGUAUUUGUGAUAAAUUUAAUAUUACAGAUCGUAAACCUUCUACUGUUACUUUAUAAUUUGAUAAUAAAUCUAUAAAACAUACUAAAGGUAUUUUAGAAAAUGUGAUAGUGACAGUUAAAAGGUGUAAAUUUCCAACUGAUUUUUCUGGAAAUAGAUUUUAAUGGAAAGUUUUAUGAUACACCAAUCAUCUUAGGGAAACUAUUUUUGCAUACAGCAAACAUGAAUAUUGAUUUUCUUACAAGUAUUGCAAAAAUUUUAUGUGGAGAUCAAUCAGUAGAAAUUAAAAUUUUUAAGGUAUCAAAUGAUCUUAAGAAAUCCCAAAUAUAUGACUGUCAUACCAUAGAUUUUCUAGAUGAUUUUGAUGAUCCAAAUGUUAUUGAUGACUAUGUGCCAGAAGAAUUAGAGGAAAUAAAGAAUAUAAAUUUCAGAGAAAAGAAAGAAGAAGAUCAUCUGAAUUUAGAGUUGAAACCUCUUCCCUCUAGUUUAAAAUAUAUAUUUUUGGAGGAAAAUAAUUCAUAUUAUGUUAUUACUACAACUGAUUUGAGUAAUGAAUAAGAAGAAAAGUUAUUAAAUAUACUUCGAAAAAAUAAAAAGUCCAUUGGCUGGAAAAUGGAUGAUCUUAGGGGCAUUGAUAUGUGUGUAUGCAUGCAUAGUAUAUAUCUAGAGGAGGAGGCUAGUACUAAUAGGGAACCACAAUGAAGAUUAAAUCCUAACAUGAUGAAAAUUGUAAAAAAAAUAAAUUAAAGUGGCUGACAAUUGAAAUUAUUUAUCCUAUUUUAGAUAGCAAAUGGGUUAAUCUUACACAGGUGGUGCCAAAAAAAUUAGGGAUCAUGAUUAUAAAAAACAAAAAUAGGGAUGAAAUACAAACAAGAUUAACUACCGAUUGGAGGGUUUGCAUUGAUUAUAAAAGAUUAAAUUCAGUUACUAGGAAAGAUCAUUUUUCCCUACCAUUUACUAAUCAAAUUCUAAAACAAUUAGCUAGAAAAAACUUUUUUUAUUUUCUACAUGGAUACUCUAGUUAUAAUCAAAUUUAUAUAAACUCUUUAGAUCAAGAAAAAAUAACUUUCACUUGUCCAUUUGGUACUAUUGCUUUUAAAUGCAUGCCUUUUAGUCUGUGUAAUACUCUAGCCACAUUUCAAAGAUGUAUGCUGCCUAUUUUUUCUGAUAUGAUUGGAAAAUAGAUGGAAAUUUUUUGAAUGAUUCUUCUAUUUUUGGUGAAUCAUUUGAUGAAUGCUUAAAUAAUUUAUUGCAUAUACUUAAGAAAUGUAUAGAGAAAAAAAUAAUUUUGAGUUUGGAGAUAUUACAUUUUAUAGUUAGAGAGGGAGUUAUGUUGAGUCAUAUUGUGAGUGAAAGCGGUUUAGAGGUGGAUGGAGUAAAAAUUGAUAUUAUAUCUAAAAUGAAACUUCUGAAAUCAAUAAAAUAGAUUAGAUCUUUCUUGGGUCAUGUAGGUUAUUAUAAAAAAUUUAUUCAAGAUUUUUCAAAAAAUUUUAAACCUCUCACCAUGUUAUUAUCUAAAGAUGUGCCUUUUAAAUUUGAUAAGAAAUGUUUUGAGUCUUUUUCUGAAAUAAAAAGAUUACUUACUGAGGCACCUAUUUUACAAGCUCCUGAUUGAUCUCUUCCCUUUGAAAUAAUGUGUGAUGAAUCGAAUUAUGUAGUAGGAGUCGUUCUAGGACAAACAAAAGAGUCAAAACCCAUAAUAAUUUCAUAUGCUAGUAAAACUAUAUCUGAUGCUCAAUUAAAUUAUACCACGACUGAAAAAGAGUUUUUAGUUGUAAUAUUUUCAUUAGAAACGUUUAGAUCAUAUAUUUCCAGAGCUAAAAUUAUUAUUUAUACUAAUCAUGUAGUAUAAAUAUGUUCCAUUCAUAUCAGAACAUGUGCCAUUCAUCUAACUGUGGAGGACAUUUUUUUGGACGAAAAAUAGCUGGAAAAAAAUUUCAGUGUGGUUUUUAUUGGCCUAAAAUCAUUAAAAAUUAUAUAGAAUUUAGUAGAACAUGUAUUUCAUGUCAAUCUAUAGGUAACAUGAGCAAAAAAGAUGAAAUACCCAUGAGUAACAUGUUAGUAGUCGAAAUUUUUCAUGUAUAGAUAAUAAAUUUCAUGGGUCUCUUCCUAUCAGUUGAAAAAUAUGAAUAUAUUUUACUUGCUGUUGAUUAUAUGUUUAAGUGGGUGGAAGCUAUUCCUACUAAAACUAAUGAUCAUAAAAUCGUGAUGAAAUUUGUGCAGGAAAAUAUUUUUUCGAAAUUUGGAUGUCUUAGAGUGAUUAUUAGUGAUGGAGGAACAUAUUUUACAAAUAAACAUUUUAGGGAACUAUUGAAAAAGAAUAGAGUACACCAUAAAAUAGCCACUCUAUAUCAUCCUCAAAUAAAUGGGCAAGAUGAAGUAGUGAAUAAGAAAAUUCAGAGAAUUUUGAGAAAAUAAUUAGAUCAAAUAGGAAAGAUUGGCCCACAAAAUUACAAGAUGCAUUAUGGGCUUAUAGAACAGCUUAUAAAAAUUUCAUAGGUAUGUCUCCAUUUUAUCUCAUUUUUGAAAAGCCAUGUCAUCUUCUUGUGGAAAUAAAGCAUAAAGUAUUAUGGGCUAUAAAAAUUUUAUAUAUGGAUGAAAAAUCAGCUGAUGGGCAUAGAAUUUUUUAGCUACAUGAACUAGAGGAGUUGAGGAAUAAAGCUUAUGAAAAUCAUAGAAUAUAUAACAAAAAAAAAAACUUUUCAUUAUAAAUACAUUAGUAGAAAAAAAAUUGAUGUUGGUAAAAAGUGUGGUUAUAUGAUUCUAGGCUGAAAUUAUUCUCAAGAAAAUUAAAAUCAAAAUAGAUAAGACCUUAUAUGGUGGAAGAGACAUGAUCAUAGGGCUGUAAUGAUUAAAGAUCCUAAAAGUGAUCAUAACAUUAAGAUAAAUGGACAGCGGCUUAAACAUUACAUAAAACAUGAAUGCCUUGUAGAAAAAGAAAUUUUAUUAUUAAAAAAAAUUCAAGAGAAAGAUUAAUGUGUCUAGCUAGAGACAUUAAAUUUAGUACUGCAUGGGAGGUAACCCAUGGUCUUUAUUUCAUUUUGUUUUUUUUUAAGCUUUAUUUUUCUUAAAAUUUCACAAUACUUGUUUCUGUAUUUUAUUUUUAUUUUUUCAAAAAAGUGCAAGAGGAGGAGUGUAAGAUGAAGUGGAAAAUUAAAAACAAGGUUAAAGUGAUGUCUUUCUGAGCUUUAUCAUUUAUGACAACAUUUUUAAUACUUAAUUUUACAUAUAUGUAUGUUCACUUGAGAAUUAUAUUUUCUACAUAUUCUGUUCUAAUUUUUCUGUGUCAUUGAGGACAAUGUCAUUUUUAAGUUGAGGGGUGAAGUAUUAAUUCUUAAUUUAUGCUAUAGGACAAUUAAGAACAUGUGUUUGUAUUUUUUUUCAUGCUCACUUAGAACAGCAACUAAAAUAAAAGAUUCGGAAAAACUACAAUAUCUAUUUUCUGGUUUUCUGUCAUGAACAAUAGACUGACAAAAAUAAUAGAGAAAAAAAAGCCCAAAAUUUAAAAUUCUAGAGACCCUUUCUCACAUUUCAAUGCCCUAGACAUAUAUUGCUGAAAUUCAAAAUUACAGUCAUAAAGAGAAUAGUUUUGGUUUAUUUUUGACAAAUUUAUUGUUGCUAAAAAUAGAGCUGAAAACAUAAAGCAAAACUAUCAGAACUAUCUAAUUUACAAAUUUCUUACAUCAUAUUGCAUGCACGAAAAAUUAAAUCAAGUAGAUUGAUUGAUACCAAAAGAUACUAAGAAGAUUAUUAUUAAGUUAAAAGAAUGAUUUAGUAGCAUGAAAUGUUGGAAGACUCCUUGGAUACAUAAUAGAUAACAUGGAUUUGAUUUUAUAGAUUUUCAGUUCAUGAUCUUAAUAAAUAGUAUUUACUUGAUGUGAAAAUUUGAUUGAUCAUUUGAGUUUAAUAGAAAUUUUUGCACCUUGAUCUAUAGGACUUGUGAGGAGAAAUCACUUAUUUCAAAAAAAAAAAGAGAGAGUAAUGUGAAAAAUCUAGAAACAAAGAGUACACAUGGAGGGUGUGAGACAUCAUUCUCAUUGUCAAAAAUCAUGUAUAGAAAAAUAUUUACUGUAAAAUAAGUAGAUAAAGUGAAAGCCCUAAAAAUGAAGAGUACACACAUGGAGGGUGUGAGACAUCAAUCUUAUUAUCAAAACUUGUCUAUAGGAAAAGUUACUUAUCUACUAUAUAUAUAUAUAUAAAAAAAGAAAUAUAAUGCAAACUUUUAAAAAUUAAGUCAUGAGAAAAGAGAAAUAUAGGAUUAAUAUUAUUUUUAGAUGAGUAUUGAUAAUUGGAGCAUGUUGUAAAUAUAUCUAUGAAUGAAGGAGUGAUAAAGAUGUGAAUAGAAGAAGUGAAGUCUAGAUUGUUAUUUCAAGUCUUUCAUGAGAAGGUGUGAUGUGGGUUUAGUCCCACACUACUUGUGCACCAAAGUUUUGGGCGAAUAUAUAGUAAUAUUACAUUUGCAAGCAAUGAGUCCCUUUCUACCGCUUCCUCCAACAUCGAUCUCACAUUUCUUUGAGAUGGAAUUUAAUGGUGGCCGCCAGAAGGUGGGGAGGGGUCGGCGGCGGUAUCGCCGAGGGAGCAACCGUCGUCAAGCCUAGACAGGGUCAUCACCCACCAUGUCUUAUUGCCAAAGAAAGCGCAGACAGGCCGCGUGGGCAGCCGGCCACCACGUGGACGCCCCAAGUCAACACGCCGCUUUCCGACGGAGGCCAGACAUGGACAUCCAUGUGAACGGCCGGCAGGGGGACCAACUGGCCAGCAACCGGCAACAUCCCCGCCCCUCCCAACCGCCGUCCGGCCACUGUUUCCUGCAUGGUGCAACAUAAUAGUAGUACAUAAUCUCAUUUACUCGCUCUUCCGAAGUAGGGGGAGAGGCCCCCGAAGGCACAGUAAAACAGUGAAAAAUGUGAGAGAUGAUGAUAUAUGAUAGAAUAUGUUCUAUGAUGGUAUAUAUAGCGGAAACGAGGGGAUAUUGAGAACAUUGUCUCGAUACCCCACAUCCGCCUGGUGGAGUAUUAUUUGAGGAAGAAAUUGAGAGGGAGCUCCCGCCAUCUACUCUUUCCUUCUCCUUGGUCGCCUCUCUCUCGCCGGUGGACUCCUCCAGAAUGAGGGCUCGGGUCUCAGCGUUGCUCCUCUUGCUGCUGCUGCUGCUGCUGUUGCUGCUGCCUCUAG